UCAGACAGCCUUUUCCUUCUCUCUCCUUGGACUCGAUCGGCAUCAAAUCUUUCGUCCUUCGAAACCCUAAUAAUCCCCUUCAAUUUCAUCAAUGGCGGAAUCCACCGUCACCAAAUCCAACACAUACAACCUCUUCGUGACCCUCUUGGAGGGCAAAACCCUAACCCUAAAAUUCACAACCCCGGAGAUCCCCGCCACUUCCCUCAAGCACCUCCUAUACAAAUUCACCAAAAUACCCCUCCAGCACCAGCGCCUCGUCACCGGGACUCGCCAGCUCGAGGAUGAUUCCGUCCUCUCGUGCUCGUCCUCCCACGCGCCGGACUUCCCAACCGUGCAUCUUCUGCUCCGUCUCGCCGGAGGAAAGGGCGGGUUCGGGUCGCUGCUGCGUGGGGCGGCGACGAAGGCCGGGCAGAAGAAGACGAGCAAUUUCGACGCUUGUCGCGAUAUGAGUGGUCGGAGGUUGCGGCAUGUUAAUGCGGAGAAGAAGCUGGAGGAGUGGAGGGCUGAGGAAGAAGAGAGGAUGCUUGAGAAGAUGGCAGAGGAUUAUUUGAAGGGUGUGGCGAAGAAGGGUAAAAAGGGAACUGGGGACGAUUUGGCUGAGAAGUAUGUGGCCAAGUAUAGGGAGCAGUCGGAGCGCUGCAUUUCGGAGGUUUUGGAUUCAGUUAAGGAGGCGGUAAAGGGGAAGCGUAAGGGGCCGGCCAAGGAGGCCAUGGAGGAUUCGAAAAGGCUGAAAAUUUGGAUGGGCAAGAGGAAAAUGGGUGAAAGUGAUUCAGAGGAUGAUGACAGUGAUAAUGAAGAUACAAUGGAGAAAUCUGUCGUAUUGAAUAAUGGGAAUAACUCAGAUUCAAGUAAAGAAACUGAGAGAAGUUUGGAUUCUGUGACUGGUAGGAAACAAGAUGGUGAGAUCUCAAGUGGGGGCUCAAGUGAGAGUGGUUCGGAGGAAGAGAAAGAGAUGGUUGUGCAGGGACCACAAGCUUUUGGUGGAUGCCCUGGUCAAGGAUCUCUUGAUAUUGAGAAGAAUGAGAUGGUUGGACCAGUGAUUUCUGAAGAGAAGAUAGUUAGGAGUGCAAGUGUUACUUGUUCAGAUCCUGAUGUGGUUUCGGGAGCUGAAGCAGAGCAAGAUGGAAAGAUAGGUUGCAAUGAACCUGAGAUGGGAAAUCUGGAGAAAGUAGUUGGUCAAUCUGAGACGGUUUCUAGAUCAGGGCGUGGGCAAGAAAUUGAAAGUGCAUCACUUAUUGCUGAAGCCAAUGAUUCUUCAGAGUCCAAUCCAGGAGUUCGGGAGGAAACAGUUGCGAGUGGAAACACUGCAGGGAUGGAAAAGCCACUGAAUUUUGAUGAGUACAAUUCAGCAGCAGAAAUGGAGGUUCUUGGCCGGGAAAGGUUAAAGUCUGAACUGCAAACUCGUGGGUUAAAAUGUGGGGGUACUCUACAGGAGCAAGCUGCGAGGCUUUUCAUGCUAAAAACUACCCCAAUCGAGAAGAUUCCAAAGAAGCUCCUUGCAAAGAAAUAAGAACAUUAUGUGCUUCAUUUAACCUCAAUACUUUGUAGAGAAAAAUCCCUCGGGGUUCGGUGUGUAUAUUUCAAUCUCCCCCCAGUUGUCGGACUAGUUUUGUACUUGUAUACCGUGAUGCUUUGACUGAUGCAAUAAUAUUGUGCAAUUUUCGUUUUGUGAAAUUCA